AUGGGUGAGCCGCGCACUGCGGAUCAGCGGCGUGAAGUCAUCCCCGUUGAUUCUGAGGCAGCCCGUGCUCUAGAUCACUAUUGCGACCGUCAAAUGCUCUGCGUGCUCAAGCGUUAUCAUUACCCUGCUGGUCGGAAGAUAGUAAACUUGAAGAAACGCUCGAAAAACGAGGCGGUCGCUCUUCGCAGGCUGAGACGUUGCAAGGGCAUUGUUACGCUACUACUUGAUCACAAGGAGACGCGGAUGAACUCUUUCUUGGGCACCUACAGUAGCAUGCCUCCGGAGGUCCUGCACUGCAACGUCAAUUCAUCCCUCGUUUCGGGUGACCCCACUUACACAAAAGAGGUGGACUGGUGGUAUUUCGGCUCGCUGGUCUACGAAAUGCUGGCUGGAGAGCCGCCAUUCGCCGUGGAUAGCAAGGACAACGAUGAGGAAUUCUACAAUAGGGUUAUCAGGAGCCCGAAUACGAUCGACUUUACUCCAAUAACCGAUGUAGAUGCGGCGGACCUAAUCAAGCAACUCAUGCAGGGGGUCCCAUCCGAGCGGCUGGGUGCUGUGGGAGGUUCGGCAUGCGUGCUUAAGCACAAGUUUUUUGCCGGCACUAGAGAGAGCUUGGCGGCAGGCACCAUACCAACGAACUAUAUUGAAGCGCGAAUUUUCGAUUGCAUAAAGGUCAUGAUCACAGAUGAAGAUGACUGA